UUGACCAAUCAGAACGAGACGACGAGAGAGGGGGCGUAGUUUUCGAGAAAGUCCGUGAAUCCACAACACCCCAAAACUAGCCCUAGAGCGUUACUUUUAUCAUAAACUCCAAAUAUUGUACAACUAUUUGGAUGUAUCGCAUUUUAAAGGUGAUCAAUCCACAACGUUACUGAUGGACUCUAGCUAAUGCUCCGAAGAAAAGCAUCAUGGCGGCUGCGCUGGAGGAGGAUCAGCCGGAGAAGCACUGUUGGGUUUGUUUCGCCACGGAGAGCGACGAUCACAGCGCGCAGUGGCUGAGUCCGUGCCGGUGUCGUGGUUGCACCAAAUGGAUCCAUCAGUCUUGUCUUCAGCGUUGGUUGGACGAGAAGCAGAGAGGGAGUGGCGAUGCAGGCGUCUGCUGCCCGCAGUGCGGGACGCGUUAUCAUCUCGUUUUUCCUAAGAUGGGUCCGCUGGUGUACUUCCUGCAGCAGGCGGACCGCGCGCUCUCCCGGGCAAGCCCCUUCGCCGCCUUGGGGGCGCUGGUGGGCACGGCUUACUGGUCGGCCGUCACGUACGGCGUCGUGGCUGUCAUGCAGGUGGUGGGACACGAGAAGGGUCGGAACAUGAUGAAGCAAGCCGACCCGCUCUUCUUGCUUGUGAGUCUCCCGGCCAUCCCCGUGGUCCUGGUCCUGGCCAAGAUGGUGCGGUGGGAAGACUACCUGGUGCGCCUCUGGCUCCGAAUUUCCCACCAGCGCCAACACGCUCUGAGCGGUUACCUACGUCCUCUGCCGCCGCCGGCUGCCGGAGACCACCUGUCGGUGUCGCGGACCCUUUGCGGCGCUCUGGUUCUCCCGUGGAUCUCCAGCAUGCUGGGACGGCUUCUCUUCCGGUGGGUCGACUCCAACCUGCAGCAGACUCUCUUGGGGGGCGCUACCUUCGUGCUGCUGAAGGGCUCUUUGAAGGUGUAUGUCAAACACCAGCAGCACAUCAUGCGGACCAAGCGAAACAUCCUGGACUAUCCGGACACUCGUGAUACCGCCACCAGUCCGUGAAGGACCACGGUUUAAAGGACAAAAAAAAAACCUGACUUUAUACAAUUACAGUUGAACUUGGUUUUUCCAGAUGAGAUUAUUGAUCAUUAAUGGCGAAUCCAUUUUAACCUGGACUCGCUGCCAGCCCCUUUAAGGCCAAAAUGGAUUGGGCAUCAGUCACUGUUUAUUGCAGCCAAUGAGUUAAUUUGCUGCUGUGGGUUCAACAGAAAAAAGUUAUAUUCCACAUUUAAAAAAAUAAAUAAGUGGGGAUUCUAUGUAAUAAGUUACAAAAAUUUUUUUUUUUUUUUUUUUUUUUGUAGAUUAUACAUUUCGUUUUCCUUUGGGUGUUCAUAGUUCAUAUGAAAAUCGUUUGUGGUUACUUUUGAUUGUUAAUUUGUGCUUUUUUUUUUUUAAAUUGUAUUUAAUAAACUCGCAACAAAGGAUGAA